AUGGCUAUGGGUGGGCAGGGUCCUAUGGCCGUCCUGGUCAUGUGGAUCAUGGUGGUUCCUACGUUCGUUUGCGUGGUUCUUCGUUUCUACACUCGAGUCUUCGUAAUCCAAUCCCACGGCGCCGACGACCACGUUUACAAUUUUGCUUUCAUCUGCCUCCUCUGCUAUACCAUUUUCGUUACGAUUGCAGCCAACUAUGGCUUCGGCCAGAGUGCUUCAGAUCUGCUGCCAAGCGAUCUCGCGAACGCGAUCCUUUUCGAGGCUAUUGGUCAGACAUUUGCGGUCAUAGGGAUGGCUGUUGCAAAAUGGUCAUUGGGUCUUUUCCUGCUGCGCAUUAUCCAUUUGAGGGUACACAAGGUCUUGAUUUGGAUCGUCAUGGCUUUGCUCAUGGGAGCGAGUGUGUCUACCUGCUUUGUGUUCUGGCUGCAGUGCACACCGCCUGCGUAUCUCUGGGAUCGGAGCAUUCCCGGAGGAAUCUGCCAGGUUGAUUCGACACCGGUCUCUAUGUUAUUGUGCAUCCUUUGUGUUCUGGCGGACUUUUUCUUCGCCAUUUCCCCAUGGUUCUUCAUUUGGAAUCUUCAGAUGGGCCGCCGCGAAAAGAUGGUGACUCUAAUCAGCCUCAGUCUGGGCGUCAUAGCUGGAGCAUUCGGCAUCAAAAGAACGAUUGAUGUGCCUCAGUUGUCAAGUCCAAACUACACAAGAGAUACAGUUGGCCUCAUCAUCUGGUCAGCCGCCGAAAUUGCAGUAACGAUGAUCUGCAUAGCCGUCCCCGUCUGCCGACCGCUAUACAACCGCUUCCUCGACAAGUUCACAUCGCAAGGCACAGGCAGCUACCAGCGACAAAACGGGUCCGGCCAAAGUCCUGGGUUCGCGCUCCAUACCUUCGGUGGGAGUACUCUGAAGCCACGUGGUGGGCAAGGGCAUCGAGUGUCCUCGAAGAGGCGGACUUCACCAGGCGAGGCGGACAGCGAACUUCCUAGCUUCGGGGGUCACAAGAUGGGAUAUACCUCUACAUACGCCACAGCAAUGGGAGUUAGACAGGAGAAUAAUCAGAGCGAAGAAGAGAUACUGGGCCCCGAGGCAAGGAAAGGGGGGCUAGGGCUUUUGAGCGGGCCGGGUUCGAACGCGAUACGUGUGACGGAGGAGGUCGACGUAACAAGUAGUACGUACGCAGAAGGAAAGUAA